ACAUGGGCGGCCGGAUGCGCUGAGCCCGGCGCUGCGGGGCAGCGGAGCGCGGGGGAGCAGCGGCCGCUGGCUCGGGGAGGGGGGUGGGGUGGGACGGCCCGCGGCCUCUGAGCUAGCGCGACGCGGCCGGGCGGUGCGGUGCCUUCCGCCCUCUGCAGCUGUCUGCAUAUUUUUUCUUUCUUUUUCGCAAUUUUGAACAUUUAACAAGACGAGGGGUUCGAAGCAAGUGAGAGCAUCCUGCACGUCGUGGAGGAGCCCGCGGGCACUUGGCGCGCUCUCUGGGGACUGUAUUGGGAACCCGAAAGUUUUUUGUUUUUAUAUUUUUACGCAGAUGUAUUUAUAAAGACAUAAGUAAUUUUUUUUUCUUCCCUGUCUGCACCUCCUUGAAAGCGAGAACUUUUGGUAAAGGACGGAGGAAAAAGCUCAACAUUUUGGGGGGAGGUUGGGGUUGUUUUUUAUUUUUUAAGAAAAAAAAAUUGAGUGCAUCGCGAUGGAGAAAAUGUCCCGACAGCUCCCACUGAAUCCCACCUUUAUCCCGCCUCCCUACGGCGUGCUCAGGUCCUUGCUGGAGAACCCGCUGAAGCUCCCCCUUCAUCACGAAGACGCAUUUAGUAAAGAUAAAGACAAGGAAAAGAAGCUGGAUGAUGAGAGUAAUAGCCCGACGGUCCCUCAGUCAGCAUUCUUGGGACCCACCUUAUGGGACAAAACUCUUCCCUAUGACGGAGAUACUUUCCAGUUGGAAUACAUGGACCUGGAGGAGUUUUUGUCGGAAAAUGGCAUUCCCCCCAGCCCGUCUCAGCAUGACCACAGCCCUCACCCUCCCGGGCUACAGCCAGCUUCCUCAGCUGCCCCCUCCGUCAUGGACCUCAGCAGUCGGACCUCUGCACCCAUUCACCCUGGCAUCCCAUCCCCAAACUGUAUGCAGAGCCCCAUCAGACCAGGCCAGCUGUUGCCAGCCAACCGCAAUACUCCGAGCCCCAUUGACCCUGACACCAUCCAGGUCCCGGUGGGCUAUGAGCCAGACCCGGCCGACCUUGCCCUCUCCAGCAUCCCUGGGCAGGAAAUGUUUGACCCUCGCAAACGCAAGUUCUCUGAGGAAGAACUGAAGCCACAGCCCAUGAUUAAGAAAGCUCGCAAAGUCUUCAUCCCAGAUGAUCUGAAGCAGGACGACAAGUACUGGGCGCGGCGCCGGAAGAACAACAUGGCGGCCAAGCGCUCGCGUGAUGCGCGGCGCCUCAAGGAGAACCAGAUCGCCAUCCGCGCGUCCUUCCUGGAGAAGGAGAACUCGGCGCUGCGCCAGGAGGUGGCCGACCUGCGCAAGGAGCUGGGCAAGUGCAAGAACAUCCUGGCCAAGUACGAGGCCCGGCACGGGCCCCUGUAGGCCGGCGUCCGCGGGCGGCCUCAGGCCCCGGACAGGGGUCUCCUGGUUGAUUGCACCGCACCUACCGACCUUCCUGACAUCAGCACUUUACCAGAUGCAUCAACAGGACGGACUCACAUUUUGGCGUGGGUGUGUGUAUGUGCUUGUGCUCAUGUGUGGUCAACGUGUGUGUGUGUGUGUGUGUGUGUGUGUGUGUGUGCGCGCGCGCGCGCGCGCGCGCGUCCCUUUGCACUUGCCAUUUUGAUAGCCCUCCAUCGUCUUUUAGUUCCAAAAUGAAAGGUGCCAUGUUUUUACUGGACUGCGGAGACCUCUCGUGGGUUUCCUGACCCCCUUCCUCCUCCACUCCUGCCCUUUUCGCGUGGCUUCAUGUUGGCACUUACCUACUCUUCCAGGACCCUCUGGUUGGGUUCACUAAGAAGGGCCCUGGUGAAAUAGUAGAUCUCGGUUUUCAAGACCACAGGCUCUUGUUUCUGUUUAAUCUGUAAGUUACCAUGCUAAUAAGGUGCACAGAAUAAUUUAGCACUACACUGCAGCUCCAUUCAGUUACAGGUUGCUUCCCUCCUAUCUUCAGUUUUGGUGAUAAUCGUCUUCAAAUUUAAAGUGCUGUUUAGAUUUAUUAGAUCCCAUAUUUACUUACUGCUGUCUACUAAGUUUCCUUUUAACUCUACCAACCCCAGCAAGUAAGAGUACUAUUAUAGAACACAGAGUGUGUUUUUGCACUGUCUGUACCUAAAGCAAUAAUCCUAUUGUACGCUAGAGCAUGCUGCCUGAGUAUUACUAGUGGACGUAGGAUAUUUUCCCUACCUAAGAAUUUCACUGUCUUUUAAAAAACAAAAAUUACAGUAAUGCAUUUGAGCAUGACCAGAACAUCCCCAGGACAGAGAAGCAGAGGGAAAUGCCAGGUCUAAGAACGAGGGGUUAACUUAUCAGUAUACAGCCAAAAAAAUGCAUCUUGGAACAGUUUUUGACAUUGAUGUGUUUGCUUUUGUUUUCUCCUCUUUCCCAUACCCUUAGCCCCCAGUUUUCUAGUUAACUUUUUCCACAUCCCUCUUGAUAUUCAAUACAAUUCAAUUAAGAUUCAGUUUUCCCCAUUUUUUGUAAUAUAUAUGUUUUUGUGAAUUAUACCUUGUCGUUUUUAAAAAUCAGUCAGUUAAGUUAAUAAGUUGAUGUUUUGUAAAACCCUUUUUCCUAGUGGUGUCAUUUUUGAAUGCUUCAUAAAUUAAUGAUUUUGGAGCUUAUGUUUCUUAUUCUCUGUUUGCUUUUGAACGUAUGUGCUCUUAUAAAAUGGACUUCUGAAAAAUGAAUGUAAAAGACACUGGUGUAUCUCAGAAGGGGAUGGUGUUGUCACAAACUGUGGUUAAUCCAAUCAAUUUAAAUGUUUACUGUAGACCAAAAGGAGAGAUUAUUAAAUUGUUUAAUGUUUAUACAGAGUAAUUAUAGGAAGUUCUUUUUGUACAGUAUUUUUCAGAUAUAAAUACCGACGAUGUAUUUUGGAAGACAUAUAUUAUAUAUAGCAAAGAGAAAAGGAAAACUAUUCCAUGUUUUAAAAUUAUAUAGCAAAGAUAUAUAUUCAUCAAUGUUGUACAGAGAAGAAGUGCUUGGGUGUUUUUGAAGUCUUUAAUAUUUUAAGCCUAUCACUGACACAUCAGCAUGUUUUCUGCUUUAAAUUAAAAUUUUACAACAGUAUCGAAGCUUGCUGUGACAAAUUCUGCUCUAAAACAUCAAAGGAGCUUUCUUAUUUCCUAUUAGGUCUCAGAAAGAAGUCAGUUAACAUCACCCAAAAGCACAAAAUGGAUGUUAGUCAAAUAUUUAUUGGACGAUACAGUGUUUUUUAGGAAAAGCAUGUGCCACAAAAAUGUUCACUUCAAAAUUAUGAGUUCCUGGAAUGGAACAUCACUGCAAGCAUCCCAAACAAUUCUGUUCUCCUCUGUGAGCACGUGCAUCUGACGCAGUAUAAGGUUAAUAUUGGUGCUAUGUGGAUGGUUUAUAAUUUAAUAGAUGUUUUGACUUUAAAGACAAUUGUUCUUUUGUUUCACUAACUUGUGUCGAGAGAUUCUGCUGUUGUUGCAAAGAAACAUUUUCCGCAAGAUUAAAAUACCCUUUAAUCAGUGGGGUUUUCUAGUUUCCUGUGUCCAGAGUAUGUAAUUCUUUAGUGACCUGGUGGUCUCCUUGUCAAUCCGUCAGCAGUGCUCCUCUCAUAGUGUCAUAGUCUUGGAAAAUCUGAAUAGUAAAAUAUUCCUGCUAGGUAUCCAUUUUGUCCCAAGAUACAGAUUAUGGUGGGAGAUGGGAGAGUAUUGGAAUUGAAAUACAUUGUUCAGGUAAAUAACCAAUAAAAUAAACAAGACCUUUGGCAAACUUAAGCGGAACUGAAUAAGUGUUAUUCAGAGAAACAAGUGGACAUGGAGUUGGCCUUUUUAUACGUAAAGAGACUAAUUGCAGCAGAAUUGUUAAAUCGUCACUAAAACAGAAACAAAUGACAUCUUUAAGUGGAGAAGUGUUGAAGGAUUGUACUGAAGACCAUCUAAAUUCAUUGACGUUUAAAAUGGUAGCUGAAAAAACUGUAUUUGAGUACUGGUCUUUCUGAAAUUAGGUUGUUUGUAUCAAAUGAGCAUCAUAAAUGUUUUCUGCAGAAGAAAUAAGAUCACAAUAAAACAUUCUUUGGCGUGCCAAGGGAGGUUUCAGAAACCUACCUCGUCUUAAAAAUUUAAAAACUUUGGAGUCUGUAUAGGUGCCUUAUAUGUAGGUUAUUGUCACCACACACAUGAGCACUCAACCCCUGGACUCACUGCCUUCUGUCCAGGGCAGUCAACUAGUAAAUAAAGCAGUUCUGCUAAAUGGUAUGGGAAGCCCGGCCCAAUUUGGAAUGACUUGGAUCAUCCAGGGUCAAAUGAGUUCUGCAGACUGAAGCUAUUAAAAGAGUCCUGUUGUAAUUUUUCACCUUUUCAUCGUAAGCAUCUUUCAGAGAUUAAUUACUUGGCCAUUAAAAAUGAAUCCAAAUCAUAUUAUGCCAACAUCAUUUAGACAUGAUUGGGAAUGAGCGGCCUAGAACUUCCUGACAAGGUCACAUCUUCAUUUCUUUUGACUAGACUUGCGAAGAAAGGCAAAAAUUGGUCAGCCUAUCCUUCUGCUUGUGCCGCCUUGAGGACAUAGGUAGGGAAUGGGAGGGAGGUAAGUGAUCACUUCCUCCCCUUGAGAAAGUGGCCACUUUUGACCAUUCAAAACCCACAGUGAGCAGGAUAGUGACAGGCCUUUCAUCUUCAAAUAUAACAGACCACUGUGAAACCAUCCUUUGAAGCAGAAGGACCAUUUGUUUGAGGAGCGUGCAGACGGAAUUCUGGCAUUGGGUGGGGAGGAAGCUGUAUGAGAAAGCCCAGAGGUUCCUUCCAACUCACCAGUUUUGUGAGGGAACUCACAAUAAUUCUGCAUGUACAUUUGAAAGGUCUUGAGUCUGUUUUCAGAAGAGUCAAGAAGAAUUUUAAGUAGAGUCCUUCCCACCUCCCACCCCCACCCCAAAGUAAAACAAAGGUCAUUCUGUAAAACGCAAGGAGUUUAUCUACUUUUCCCCUAAUGUUCCUUUUAGGAAAACUCAAACUUGAUCAGCGUUAGUCAGACCAAUCCCAGAAGGUGGUAGACACCUGCUCUCAGUCCGCCAGCUUCCUGCUGAGGGCUUCUAGGCCCCCACUGGGAAGGCCAAGAUCUCCUCUAGGUUUUCUCUACAAUUAACAAUGUCAUUUUUAAAUGAGCAAAGCCAUGUCUUCAAUCUUGAUGCAUUGGAUUUGGCAACUAAAGUCAGUACAUUUUGCAAAGGGCCAAGUGUAUGUAGAGGAAUGUGUGUGUGUGUGUGUGUGUGUGUGUGUGUGUGUGUGUGUGAAUAGUUAAGGUAUAAAAUCUUUCAUUUUGGAGCACCUUACCGAACAUAACAAUAAUCACUGUUAUCCUUUUGGCAACACCACAAAGAUUGCAUCUGUUAAACAGGUACAAGUUCACUUGAGGUCAGUGUAAUUGUACACCAUGGUAUUGGUGGUGUUUAUUGAUGAUAAGUCCAAACCUUUAUCUGUCUGUUAUUCUUAAUGUUUAAUAAACUUUGGAUUGUUUCCUGUC